AUGAAAUCAUAAAUAUUCUAAAAAGGGUUAUUUGGGGUUGUUGCUAUAGGAUUUAGUUAUGGAAUUUAUCGGAUAUUUAGAGGGGUAGAGUGAGUAUUUGGUAUAUUUAGUUGACGAAAGCAGAGCUUCGUGAGAAUAUACAAAAAUAGAUAAUGCAUUGUUAUAAUGAGAGUGUUAAUGGGGGGUUUGUAGAACCAUUUGAUGUGUUACAAACUUUUUCUAAAAACGAACAAGGGAUAGAAUUUCACAUAAAAUUAGUGAAAUCUCUGGCCAAGAAACCAGUGGGUCAUUAAUAAAAUGUAAGCAGAAGUAUAAACAUAUAUGUAGAUUGAUCCUUUAAUUGAACCUUUCCAACCUGGACAGUUGAUUAUGAAGCUCGAGAAUUAUAAUCUGUUAUUGAAUAAAUAUCCUGUUAAUCCAUACCAUACAUUGUUGGUGCCAAAAUAAUUUAUCCAUUAAAGUGAAAAGUUCAGCAAAGAUUACUUAAGUUUAGCCUAUGAUGUAUUAUGCGCAGUGGAGGGAUUUGCAUUUUUUAAUUCUCAUAGUGAGGCGGGGGCUUCUUUAGAUCACAAACAUGUUUAAAUUGUGUCUAAAUUAGCAUUUCAAAGUGCAAAUAUAUUAAAUCACAUUAGAGAAUGGUGGUUUGAGAGGAGUGUGAAAUAGCCAAACAAAUUUACAAGGUUGAGGUACUUAAAAAAGAUCAAACAUUUUAUAUUAUUUUUUAAUCAGGAUUUAUUAUAAAGCAAGAAUUGUGAUGAGUUAUAGUAAUAGAAUUUAAUUUACGAGACUUAUGAAAAGCUAUUGGAUAAGUGUAAAGUAGAGGAUAUUAGGGAUUUCAAACACAACUUAAUAAUGACUUAGGAGUUUAUGAUGAUAGUAGUUCGAAAGAAAGCAACUUAUAAUGGAGUAUCAUUUAAUGCAGUAUGUUUUACAGGGUCUUUAUUGGCUAAGAAUGAGCAGGAAUGCGAGAAAUUAAAGCAAGCGAGAAUAAUAGAAAUUCUAGACAAUUUGGCUGAAGUGGACGAAUCUGUUUAUUCUGAUAUUGAUGAAUGCUGA